AUGUCCUCCUUCUCUUCCUCCUCGAGACGAGCGAUCAAACGUCUCGUUCGAUCCUCGAUCGGUGCUUCUUUUGGAGGAGGACUUUCUCGAACUGGUUUCGGUGGUUUUGCGGCGCAGAUCCAGCGACUCAUCAGCGUUGGUUGCGGAUCAUCAUUUUCGUCAGAUCUCCCGGCGGCGAAGAGAACAAUCAGUAGUACUGAGACGACUUUAAAGAGCAAAGAAAACGAGGACGAUGAAAGGUUACAAAUCGAAGUCCCGGUGAAAUUCAUCGCGCACAACAUCGAUUCACCUCCCUCGCAACUGGUGGACACUUCAAAAUCGGAAAUCAUCGACAUGUUCACGCAAGCGUACCAAAUGCGACGUUUGGAAAUUGCAGCGGAUACUUUAUACAAGAGCAAAUUUAUACGAGGAUUUUGCCACCUCUACGACGGGCAAGAAGCAGUCGUGGUCGGGAUGGAAAAGGCGUUAACGCACGACGACGCGGUGGUGACAUCGUACAGAGACCACUGCACGCACUUAGGGAGAGGCGGGACGCCGUUAGAGGUGAUGGCGGAGCUGAUGGGGAGGUUCGACGGCGCGUCGAAAGGGAUGGGCGGGAGCAUGCACAUGUAUCGACGCGAGGCGCAUUUCUUUGGAGGGAACGGGAUUGUGGGCGCGCAGACGCCGAUUGGAGCCGGGUUGGCGUUCGCGUACAAGUAUAGGAAGCAAGCGAACGUGGCGGUGGCGAUGUAUGGAGAUGGGGCGGCGAAUCAAGGGCAACUGUUUGAGGCUAUGAAUAUGGCCGCUUUGUGGGAUUUGCCGAUAAUUUACGUGUGCGAGAACAAUCACUACGGCAUGGGGACCGCCAUCGAACGAUCCGCGAAAUCUCCGAAUUAUUAUAAAAGAGGCGAUUACGUCCCAGGGUUGAAAGUCGACGGAAUGGACGCGUUAGCGGUGAAACAGGCGUUCAAGUUUUCCAAAGAGCACUGCGUCAGCGGGAAAGGGCCGAUCGUUUUGGAGAUGGACACGUAUAGAUACCACGGUCACUCCAUGUCCGACCCAGGGUCGACGUACAGAACUCGAGACGAGAUUACCGGCAUUAGACAAGAGAGAGACCCGGUGGAAAGGUUGAGAAAGUUAAUCAACGAUCUAGGUUUAUUGGAUCCGACGGAGGUGAAAGCGAUUGAAAAGGCGCAGAGGAAGAUUGUGGACGAGGCGGUCGCGGCGGCCAAAGCGAGCCCGGAACCGACUUCGGACUGGUUGACGAAAAAUAUGCACGUGGACACGCGGAACGUGCGAGUCAGAGGGGUGGACGCGUACGCGUCGCAUCCAGUAGUUUAA